AUGUCUAAACUAUUUAUCUUCAAAACCAUUCCUCUCAUUUUACUAUUUUGGCCAUCGUCAGCUACUGGACAUCCAUAUGACGAUCUCCUACUUCUUCCAUCAUCUCAAGCUCCAAGCCAACUGGAUAAGCCAAUUCUCAAUCCCAACAUUGAACAUCAACUGACUUCAGAAGAGAAUUCCGAUAAUUAUCCAAGUGGAUGGUCAAAAGUUAAAGAAGAUGAUGAUGAUUCAACAGAGAUGAGUCGUCUAUUCUCGGAAGAGAGUAUGGGCAAACGCAAUGAUCUAAUAAUGAAACGAUCUAUGGCUAUGGGGAGAACUUCUCUUCGUCCAGGAAAGCGGAGUGUUCAAUUUGAUCCCACCUUCAGAUAUUCUAAAAGAUCGGUAGCUGUUGGACGAGCUUUCUUCAGACCAGGAAAGAGAUCUGACGUAUCAGAGGAGUAUGACGAUACUGGUAUGCGUGGUAAACGGACAGUUGCUGUUGGACGAGUUAGCUUCCGCCCCGGCAAAAGAUCCACAGCUAUUGGUCGUUGGAAUUUUAGACCAGGCAAACGAAGUGCAGCUGUAGGACGAAUUUUUUUCCGACCAGGAAAACGAUUUGAUAUUGGAUUGAACUGA